AAACAAAAUCAUUCACUCGCACGACGAUGCUCAUCUGCGACUGAGGUGAAACAUGCAACCGUGGAUUUGACAGUGUUUAUGGUUCACAGCAUUCGUCCUAAUUAUUGAAACAGUUUUACCAAAAUUAUUUGAAGAGCAGUGAAAGUUUUAGAUGACGUGGUGUUCAGCAGAAUAAACAGAACAACUAUAAGCGCUGGAAGGAUGAACAAGCAGAACGGGCAUACGACAGCAGCGGUAAGAAUUUCACCAGAACUGAACUUGUUUCAGGAAACGGUGAUACGACUGCUGUUGUUUGCCAUUUAUAUCUACUUCGAAAUCAAGGACCCCUUCAUCCGCCAAAUCAACCCAGAUGAGAUGUGGCUCUACAAAAAUCCUCGCACGGAUAGUUACGUACCUUUAACUGCUCUUUACCCAUCGGUGUUCGGAUUUGCCGCGGUCGUAUUUUUAGUAUACUACUUCCGCACCGGAGAUUUCAAUGACUUCAAAUCUGCCUGGUUGGGUUUAACGUUAGCAUGCUCGUUGAAUGGAGUGAUAACGCAUUCAAUCAAGGUCGCAGUUGGUCGGCCAAGGCCAGACUUUUACUGGCGCUGCUUCCCGGACGGAGUGAUGAAUGCCGACAUGGUAUGUAGUGGGGACAGCCGAACGGUGAUGGAUGGGCGAAAGAGUUUCCCAAGCGGACAUGCCUCCUUCGCUUUCGCAGCAUUGGCUUUCAUUUCGUGUUACCUGUGUGCAAAGCUGCACGUUUUUACCGAACGUGGACGAGGUCAAUCCUGGCGGUUACUGACGGCUGGGGCACCGUUGCUAGCUGCCACGCUGGUUGCCAUUAGUCGCACCUGCGAUUAUCAUCACCACUGGCAGGAUGUAACAGUAGGAUCGCUGAUAGGGCUGGUCGAAGCGUACCUUUGCUAUCGGCAGUACUAUCCACCGAUGGAAUCGCGUUUCGGGUUCCUUCCCUACAUGGGUGACACGAAAUCGCAAAGUACAAGUAAGACAAAAUCCGAAUCUCCCAUCGUGAAUUCAGACCCCGACAGCAAAAUGUUGCUGGGAUCAGAAGACAAAGAUAACAAAUGGACUUAAUUUCAAGCUCUUAAAACAGUUUUACAACAGGUAAUAUAGUACAUAAUCAAUAUAUGUAUAUUAAAAUUCUUCCAUUGUGAUCGGUCAACAGAGGUAUUGUUUUAACAGGAUUAUUAAACUAUUUAGAUUAAAAUUAACACGAAUUUACAACUGAAUUCUCAUCUCGGCAGUAUAACUGCUACUAUUAGCGAUGUUGUAUCAGGUUUUGAAAUACAUAUACGAAACUACUCGUCUUCAA